AUGACGUCUCAAACCUCGUGGCUUACUAUCUCGCCGGCGAGCCACUUCUCGCUGGCCAACAUCCCCUUCGGCGUCAUCUCUACAGAGUCCGACUCGACGCACCGUACAGCCAUUGCCAUUGGUGACUAUGCGCUUGAUCUUGCGGCAUUUGCCGCUGCCGACGGCUUCUCUGGCUCAGCGACGAUAAAAAAGCAGGCUCAUGUGUUCUCAUCGCCGACGCUAAACACCUUUGCUGCGCUGGGCCGACCUUUCCAUCGCGAGGUCAGGGCCUACAUUCAGUCCAUCUUCGCCGAGGACACACAGCAUGCUGCUCUUCUAAAGGACAAUGCCUCUUUGCGCGAGUCUGCGCUGCUCCCUCUGUCUAGCGUCCAAACACACCUGCCUCUGUCGAUUGGCGACUAUACCGACUUUUACGCCGGCAAGCAUCACGCGUACAACGUCGGCGUUCUCUUCCGGGGCCCUGCCAAUGCCUUCCAGCCCAACUACACUCAUCUUCCCGUUGCCUACCACGGCCGCGCCUCCAGUGUUGUCGUCUCCGGCACGCCAAUCCGCCGGCCAUGGGGACAGAUUCUGCUCGACCCAAAGGCCGAACCCAAGAUCCCCGCCCUCGAGCCGUGCCGCAAGCUCGACCUAGAGCUCGAGCUUGGCAUGUUCAUCUGUCGCGAAAACACCCUCGGCGAGCCUGUUCCCGUGGGCAAGGCAGAAGAGCAUGUCUUUGGCUACGUCCUCAUGAACGACUGGAGCGCGCGUGACGUGCAGGCCUGGGAGUACGUGCCUCUUGGCCCCUUUACGGCGAAGAACCUCGGCACCAGCAUCAGCGCCUGGGUCGUGCUGGCCGAUGCGCUCGACGGCAGCAAGGUGCAGGGCAUCAAGAACGACACAGACUUGCUCCCCUACCUUCGCGAAGGCAGGGAGGACAACGUCCUGGGCAUUGACCUCGAGGUCGACCUCAUCACUCCCGCCGGCCACAAGACGACCAUCAGCAGGACCAACUCGCGCAACCUGCUCUGGUCGUGGCCCCAGAUGAUCGCCCACCACACCAUCACGGGCUGCAACCUCCGCACGGGCGACCUCCUCGGCUCGGGCACCAUCUCGGGCCCCGACGCGGGCACGGAGGGCAGCAUCCUCGAGCAGACGCAGGGCGGCAAGGUGGCUAUCCGGCUCGAGGGCGGCGAGGAAAGGAAGUUCCUCGAGGACGGCGACACGCUCGUCAUCCGCGGCUGGGCAGGCAAGGAGGGCGCGCUCGUCGGGUUCGGAGAGGUCAGUGGCACGAUCGAGGCGGCGCUGCCGCUGUUUUGA